AUGGUCACCGCUGCUGUUAAGGCUGGUCGAAAUGGGCGCGUCGCUAGGGACUUCGAGAAUCGUGCUGCUCAUAUCUUGAACACAGAUGAGCUGACUUCGAAAUGGAAGGAGUACACUACCGCCCCGCCGAUUGGAACGCGAGCUGCCCCACAGGGGUCACAGCUUGGUCCGACGUUGUGGAAGGUCGCCAUGACGCUCGAUCUACGCUCACUUUCCUCCAAUCGAAGACCUCGAAAGUCACCGAUGACCAUACUCAUAAUGGUCGGCGCAGCGAGACCUCCGCUAGCACUUGAGUUCUCAGCCGAGAAACAUCUGUUCCUAUCGCUAAAGGGUGGCCUCAAGCCUGGUUACUCGGUGGGCUUCGGCUCAGCAGAUUUAGCCCCGAGAAUCGCUUCGGCGUCAACGGCGAAAUACAUUGAUCCCCGAAAGAGCUAUUGGGAUCACGUGGUGGCCAUCAGCUCCAAAUCUGCCAGCCUCUAUAGGAGACUCAGGAACCUUUACUCCGCCAAUUGGAGAAUGAAAAACACGGCAGCCAGAAUGAUUUACAGAGGCGUAUUCCUGCCCAGGGUAACUUACGCCUCAGAAAUUUGGGCGAACGGAGGCCAAACUCGAGAAGAAUCGAAAGAAACACCUCAGCGCUCAGAGGGCACCGCUACUGGCCAUAAAAGGGGGCCUACACAAACGUCAUCCACGAACUGUCCCGGCAGUAGUAGCUCCAGAACAGUUCCACUCGACCUGGAAGUUAGACAACAGGCCUUACAGGACACACAGAGCCACUGUUAA